AAAAAAAAGGCUACUGCCACUCCGCUUGCUGGUAUCACCGAAGAGAAGUCUCUACAAACUGAAAUCACUUCUAAGCUCGUCGCCCGCUCAACACAUCAAUCUCUUUCCAGCCUCGAGGAGGAAUCUGUUAUGGUUCAUUCCUUGAGUCUGCAGGAUUUUCUCCUCCGCGCUAGAGUUUUGAAGCUGUACAGGCAAGCUCUUAGGAUUGCUCGAAGAGCGCCUGAUCAUGCUCAAGAUGAAGUGAGGCAGACAAUUCGACAAGAAAUUGAAAAGAACAGGUACUGCGAUGACAAGCAAAGAAUCCGAUUCUUGCUCAGCGAGGGAUUGGAGAGAGUGAAAGAUCUGGAUGAGAUGCUUGAUAUGCAAGGUCACUGAUAGUGGAUUGAAUAGCAGUCUUGCCUGUACCAGCAAUUUAAUUUUUCUGAGGGAGGCGAAGUAUUGUCCUAAAUGUUGUGGAAGUUUCUCGUCUUCUGAAAUGCUUUCACAUUGCAGAUUAUGGAUCAUCAGAUUAGGCAUGUUGUUAGCUCAGCGAUAGUCGAGGUAGAUCCUAGCCAGCACAUCCAACUCAUCUGGGUAUAUUGUAGACUUUUGACUAUUGAAAUACCUCUCCCAAUGAGUCAGCAUCCAUUAUGUGAAACUUGACUUUCAAAGCAGAUCUUUGAGGAACUUACUUGAACUAGCAACUGCAGCAGAUGCUAGGAUAGCAAUUGGUCAAGGAAGAAAGGGUCCUCAAACUAGAUUUGCUUCUCUUUAUUCGACUGGAAUAUGUUAUUACACAGCUUGUUAUUGAUCGGAGGUAUGGAUUUUAUACUAGGCUGAUGAUACCUUCUUAU